CUCCCAGUCCCAGCCAGCUUCCACAUUUUUCUUUCUUCACCUUUUGAAAAGGUGUUCCCCCCUUUGUCGACGUGCUCCAACUCCAUGACGCUGUCUCCACCGCAGCCGCCGCCCUCCUCCAGCCCAAGGCACGCAGCGAUCCAGGAGCUCAGGAGAGGUACCCAGCUGGCGGAGCUGCUCAGGCAGCAGGUAGAGCUCAUCCCGGAGCCUAACCGCCGGCAAGCUGCAGUGGUCAACGUGGGCGAAAUAUCCAUGGCUAUGGAGUCGUCGCUCUCCAUUCUCCAGUCUGAGAUGGAGCACCCCUUCGUCUCCGAGGUCAUGGCUGCGCCCACUGCCUACUCUGACGGAGGCAGCACCAGCAGGGAAAGGAAUGGUCCCGUGGCCCGUACAAGAAGGGUGAGGCACCGGCGAGGCAGAGAUGGAGCUGAACUCCCGAUCAAGGAGAUACUGACUGAGGCACCAGAAAACGAUCAUUUCCACUGGAGGAAAUAUGGUGAAAAGAAUAUCCUCUAUGCUGAAUAUCCAAGGUUAUACUACAAGUGCGGUUACAGCGAUGACCACAAGUGCCCGGCAAAGAAAUACGUGCAGCAGCAAAGCAACACCUACCCUCCACUUUUCUUGGUCACCCUGAUCAACGAGCAUACCUGCGACACCUUGUUCCGGGAUGAGCCCAGCUCAAGCAGCAGUGGUUCGCAGGUUCUCGACUUCACAAAGGCAUCGCUUUCUCCUGAAGAAGACAGCAGCAUGCCUGUGUCUAUGCACAGAUAUUCGUUUUCGUAUGAUGGGUACUAGUCGUCUUCGUUGCCCAGGAUCGAUGUCGGCAGAUGGAUUCCAGAUCAUCAGGUAGAUUUAUCCUUGGGACCUGGGUGGUAGCGCACUCGCUCAGGCAAGCAGACUCACGCGGCAAGAGUUGUAGCUCGGCGUGCACUUGCCUUUUGAUUAAGGAUUUCAAUGUACCUGCCAGAUCCAAA